AUGUCAGAUCAAUCAGAAUCAUCAGAAAAGCCGGAGGGCACGUUCCGGGGGAAUGCGCCAAAGAUAGUCCCCCGCCAAAAGCCCGUCUCGGACGUGGUUGUAUCUGCCGUGCUCAAAACAGACGAGACUGUUCUGAGGUUGAAUAGAUUGCUAUCCACGAAAGCUGGUCUGGAUAUAGUACUCGCCAACCUCAAUUAUACCUCUCAUUCAUUGCAUUACCUUUUAGCCUCCACUCCGUUAGCAAAACUUCGCCUUGCUAUACGACUAUGGCUCUUGCGCAGACUUGGCCAAGACAUUCCUACAGUCAAAAUACCAGCAUCGACUAAUGUCUCAUCCGUGCGACCGCCGUUGCUAGCAUUCUCCGAUCUCAUGUCCAAAACCCGCUUUACGCUUCGUCUCUUGGGGCUGGUCUCCAUGUGGGCGUGGGGCUCGUCAACCUAUAAAUCGCCCCCCAAGGAUCCCGUGCUGCGCGCCGUUGCGUAUUUGGAGGUGCUCUCGAUGGUGGUUUAUCAGUUCCUCGAGAAUGUUACGUAUCUCGCAUCGAACGGGAUUGCAGGCGACUCUUUGAUUAAGCGGACAGGUGGCAUGGGUAAAUGGAGCAUUUGGAGUAUACGCGCUUGGUUUGCAUAUGUUCUGCUUCAAUUUGUAAAACUGUCCCGCGAGUCGGUUCUGUUCAGCCAAAAAGAACAAGAAGAGCAGAGACAGGUGUCGACUGGUGAAAAGUCAAUUGCCGUAGCGGAUGCAGAGCUGGAGGCCGCACGACAGGCUGAGAUCCGCAGCUGGAGAAAGAGACUGAUUAAUAACCUGGCUUGGGCUCCGCUAUGCGCGCACUGGAGUUUUGAGAAGGGUCUUGGUGUGCCGCCGAGUACGACUGGGUUUAUUAGUUGGUUGGCUGGUGUAUGGGGGACUUAUGAUGCUUGGCAAGCUACUGCUUUGCCUUGA